AUGUACGUAAUAUUUCCGGCUGAUGAAAUAAUAUUGCUGACGUACGGAAUCGCGGUACCGAGAGUACAACCACGACCAACUCUGGACAACCUGCGAGAGCCACUUGUCCCCAUUGGCAAUAGGCCUUCUUCCACUACCGUCCUGUCCCCCAAGCAUCUAAAUGAGCCCGGUCGGAUCCAGGGACAACAACAAACUUCCACGCCCAACACCGCUCCUCGUACCCCGCCAACACUUGCACCAAGAGACAGAAGUCCCAGUGUUAAUUUUUCUCCAGAUGACAGAGUUUAUGACUACGAUGACAAGUCUCCUUUGUACGAUACGGAUACCAUUGUAAACUAUGUAAAUAGAAUUCCCGUCAACUCCUCUCCCUUCGUUCCGUCCUCGUUGUUGCAGAAUCCCUCUCCAACGGCCAUAAAAUCAAAUACUACCUCAGUUACGAAAGGGAAAGAGAAGUCAAAAUCCAGAUUACAUAUUAAGCUAGGACGCCUGCGACCACAUUCCUCCGUAGAGCAAAGCGAAUCCGCUCGAAUCCGCGAAGACCUACAAAUUCACGUGUCCAAUCCUGUGUUCACGCGCGAAAACCUCCGACAACGUAACUUUGACGCUUUUUUCGAGUCGGGCGAAACAGUUUAUUCAUUGGAGAAGAAGGAGAAACCUGCACCUCCGAAUACCGAUUCACCUGAAUCAGCCCCAUUGAACACCGGUGAAUCUGCAGCAGCUCAUCAACGUUCCAUUUCCGUGGGAUUCUUUCGCAAAACGAAGUCACCGACCUUCUUCCGUGCCCAGAGUGCCGAUUUAGAAUACGAGUCCCAGAAAGAGUCAUCAAAAACUCAUCGUAGUAUCUUCAACAAACGAGUUGGGACAACACUGAGUAUCGUCCCUGUGUCGCAGCGGCCUCCAGCAGGAAGCAUGACUUCCUCUGGAGGUGCACUUAAGGAUUUAGGUCAUCCUGGCCUAAAUGAGGCACUUAAGUCACACAAUAGCGUAACCUUCAAACUCGUCAAAACGGUUUCAGACUUCACAGAAACGUUAGCACAACUUUACGAACAACACGCUGAAGCACUACAAGUCCUAGUAUCAAAUUAUCGAAAACGAAAUGGUGAAUUGCGAAAAGAAAGGCCAGCUUGCCAGUCGAAUCUAUUCUAUGCAUGGGAAACAUUUCUGCAGGAAAUCGAAGCCGAUUCCCAGGCAACCAUCGAUGUCGCGUGUGCCCUUUCCAGACAAGUUUCCCAGCCGUUGUUGGAUCGUUCAUUUUACAGAAAAGUCCAAAGCCGGAAAAUAUUCACCCACAGGGAAUCAUUCGAUACAAUCAUCUCAAAGACUGAAGAGAAAUUAUCCAAGUGCCGAAUCGACUACAAGCAAAACUAUAUUGCACAUCAACAGAAUCCUACACAGCUCACGCUGACGCAAUAUAUCGACUCGCACAAUGCUUAUGUUCAGCAGUUGCAUGCGACUAAUGCCAUGCUGGAGGCAUACCAUUGUGAUACUCUGCCGCAGCUGAUGCAGGAACUAGAGGAUAUUUACAAUGAUCUGUGCAACAUAGUAGCUGAAGGGGUUUUGCAAGGCGCUGAAGCCAUUUCGGUUAAAGCUCUCGAACAGGCCAAACGGUACGAAAGCUUGGCGAAUCAGUGCAAAAGCGUGUCACCCACCCAGGAUUUAAGCUAUUUCGUACGUUGUUUGCCUGUUCCACCCAAUGCUCAACGGAUUCCGAGAAAAGUGUUCUCACCGCCUCAAAUAACCCAAUCAGUGGAAGGUGAAGACCCGGCGAAUUAUGGCGCCAACAUGCCGGACACGUCAGGACCUACACUAAGAAACGAGCUGGUUGUUGAUAAGGGCGCGUCUAUACAAGUGCGUCCCUCAUUGGAGGCUCUCAAGCGUGAAUCGCAGGAACUGGAAAUCCAGAUCAAGCAGUUACAAGAUUCAGUAGACGUUUUAGUUCGAACGCAAAUAAGAGGACUAGAAAGUCAACUAUAUAACAAAGCGAAUGAGAUUCAGGAGGAAAUAUCUAUGAAGAAAUUCGAUUUACGAGCAAAGCAAAUCCAUCUAUCUGCUGUACGGGCACAGAAAGAAUUAUUUUUGGGUAGAAUAGAUCCUGGUUCACCUCGCGGUGAACGUAAAAUGUCUUCUUCUAGUUCUUCCUCAAUGAAGACCAAGUGGCUAAAAGCGUUCCGAAGUCUGAAACCAGCUGGUUCAGCAAACGAUAGCAUUGCAAAACCGAACCAAAUGUAUCAUGCUGUUUCGACGGUCUUAACAUUGAGGAAGAGUGGAAAUGGUGCUCAAAUAAGAUUCGACGGAUCGGAUAACCACAAUCUGUUGGAGUACACUUACAAGAAAAUAACACCAUGCGACGUAUGUUCGCAAGUUUUAAGAGGUCAUACGCGACAGGGUCUCCGCUGCAGAAUUUGCAAAGUGAAUGUACAUGCAGAUUGUGCACCGCAGCUGCCGAAAUGUCAGGUCAAGCAAAAACUCCUCCGGCGACAGAAAAGCACUUCGGAAAUCGAAAAUCGCAUCGAAGCAGAGGAAGAAAAAACAAACGACAUCGAUCAAAUCUAUCAGGUCCUCAAAAAAGCGGGCGAAAUUUCCAGCGGCAAGUUAGCUGUCGACUCGAAACUUCAAACUACAAAUGCCAGUACUGGUGAUGCCAAUACGGCAAAUACUAGCGCUAGCAAUCCACAGCUAGAGAUUCCUGUGGUCAAUGUGCCUGAUUAUCCAGAUCGAACACCUAGAAGGGGACCAGUCAAAUCUCAGGGGCCAAACUAUCAGCCGCAAAAACAGGGACUGUCAGCGCCGAAUGCGACGGACAUGUCAAACUCAGCACCACAUUCACCGCGCCGACAAAAAUUGAACCUUAGAAUGAAAUCGCUCAGCUUGGACUCACCAGAAUCUUCCGAAUUGCAUGGACAAAUGCGUCGUCGAUAUCCGGGGCCAUCCACUCAAGGAGGCCAAGGAGGUUCUGGUGGUCAUUUAGAACAUAGCACGCCACCAUCAAGCAAUAGUAGAUUACACUCCCCUUCAAGCCCGUCUGGCAACCAGCGCAAAUUUUUGUACGCCAAUCGUGGUAUGAAAACUGGAUCAGUGGACCUUCCAGAUGAGAUUGAAAGAAGUCAAUCAUCAGCUAGCACAUCACCUUGCCCUUCUCCUGUCCGGCAAGUUCAGAAGGUGCAACGGCUGCUGCCAACUAACAUUUACGUCGUGCUGUUCAAUUUUAAGGCACGACAUCAGGAUGAGCUAGAUUUGAUAGCAGGAUAUAAGGUAACUGUUAUCGACUCAUCAGACGCUAACUGGUGGAAGGGAAAAUGUUUAGGAAAAAUUGGCUAUUUUCCAUCUAAAUAUUGCACCAAGCUUGGAGCAUCGGAAAAGGUACUUCAAGUGACGCACCCUCUGCACAUAACCGAUAACGAACGGUGCGAAGUGAAACUGCAGAGAGAUCAAAUUGUGAUACAGAUUGCAGAAGAAAUUGGAGGAAUGGUCAUGGUCCGUUUUGCUGAUAACCACCAGGGUGUUAUUCCAAUAAAAUAUCUACAGGAGGUUUGA